CUGCUGAGGGGGCACAGGGCGGGGGGGGGCAACCUGCCCCCAGGCCCGCGCCCCCUCCCCCUCCUGGGCAACCUGCGGCAGUUGUGGGGCCCUUCGCUGUUGCAUUCUCUGCUGGCGCUCCGAGACCAGUACGGCCCGGUGUUCACCAUCUACAUGGGGCCGCACCGGGCGGUGGUGCUGUGGGGCUACGAGGCGGUGAAGGAGGCCCUGGUGGACCACGCGGAGGAGUUCAGUGGCCGGGAGGGGUUGGCUCUGGCAGAGAGGACCUCCAAGGGCAAUGGGCUCUUCUUCAGCAACGGGGAGACGUGGCGGCAGCUGCGCCGGUUCGCCCUGAGCACCCUGCGGGACUUCGGCAUGGGGAAGCGGAGCAUCGAGGAGCGGAUCCGGGAGGAGGCCCACUACCUACUGGAGGAGCUCGGGAAGACCAAAGGUUUGGGAUUUUUCAAAGAGUUCCAGACGCUGCUCAGCCUGAUCCAGGCCAACUUCCGCCGCGUGGACACCGUCUGGGUGCAGCUCUACAACCUCUUCCCCACCAUCAUGAACCUCCUGCCCGGCCCUCACCACCGCCUCUUUGAGAACUUCGAAGAACAGAAGCGAUACGUGGCUGGGGUCGUCCAGAAGCACAGAGAGACCCUGGACCCGUCCUCCCCACGGGACUACACCGACGCCUUCCUCAUCCGGAUGCAGCAGGUCCAGGCGGAGAUCGAGCGGGAGAUCGGCCAGCAGCGCGCCCCCCGCAUGGAGGACAGGGCCAAGAUGCCCUACACCGACGCCGUCAUCCAUGAGAUCCAGCGCUUCGCCGACGUCCUUCCUCUGGGCGUGCCCCACGCCGUGACACGGGACACCCAGUUCAGAGGCUACACCCUUCCUAAGGGCACGGCCGUGUUUCCCAUCCUGCAUUCCGUCCUGCACGACCCUGGGCGAUUCGCCCACCCGGAGACCUUCGACCCCGGGCACUUCCUGGAUGCGGAUGGCGGAUUUCAGAAGAACGCGGCGUUCAUGGCCUUCUCGGCAGGGCUCCUCCUGGCCAACGGGGUGCGGUUCUCCAUCGCCGCCCUGCGGGACCUGGGCAUGGGGAAAAGGCCCCUGGAGGAGCGGGUCGCCGCGGAGGCCCAGGCUCUGGUGGAGGAGAGAGGGGAAACCAAAGGUUUGCGCCAGCUCUACGAGAUGUUUUCAGGCCUCCUGCGGUUCCUCCCUGGCCCCCACAACCGGAUCCUUGUGCACGUCGGGGUGCUGCACGAUUUCGUCACUGGGCGCAUGCGGAGGAACCAGGAGACCUUGGACCCCAGCUGCCCGCGGGAUUAUAUCGACGCUUUCCUCAUCAAGAUGGAAGAGGAAAAGCAAAACCCGCACAGCGAGUUCCACGCGAGGAACCUGACGCUGAGCACGGUGCAUCUGUUCUUUGGGGGGACCGAGAUGGUGAGCGCCACGCUGAGAUACGGCUUCCUGCUCCUGGCGAAACACCCGGAGGUCCAAGGUACCGAUGGCGCGGGGCGGGCCGCCCCCGUUUCAUGCAGAGCGAGGGCGGCGGCCGCCGGGGCCCGCAGCCCCGCCGCCGAGGACCGCAGCCGGAUGCCCUACACCCAGGCGGUGAUCCACGAGGUCCAGCGGUUCUGCUACGUCCUCCCGCUGGGGAUCCCGCACGCCGUGAGCCGAGACACCCAGUUCCGGGGGUACACGCUCCCCAAGGGGACCGACGUUCUCUGCGCGCUCGGCUCUGCCCUGCGGGACCCCGGCCACUUCCGCGACCCCGAGCGCUUCAACCCGGGGAACUUCUUGGGCGAGGAUGGCCGCUUUCAGAAGAACCCGGCUUUCAUGGCCUUCUCCGCAGGGAAGCGGAUCUGCCUGGGCGAGGGCCUGGCCCGCCUGGAGCUCUUCCUCUUCCUCACCACCGUCUUGCAGCGCUUCGCCCUGACCUGGCCCGGCGACCCCCAGGAAAUAGACCUAACCCCGCAGGGGAGCGGGUUUUGGAACCUCCCUCCUGAGUACCAGAUCUGUGCGGUGCCGCGCUGAGGAGGGAGCUCGCCGGCGGGGGGGCAGCGAGCAGGAGACACAUCCGACGGCCCUGGGCAGGCCUGUGCCAAUGAGGAAGCUGUCCCAGGCAGCGAUCUCAUGUACAGGUCUGGGCACGGGACGUGUGGCUGCUUUUUGUAACGCCCGCGGAGCUCUGACGUCCUGUCCUGUCCCGGCACGGAGGGGCCCUGCGAGGGAGCAGGCGCGUGGCUUUGUGCUUGCAGAGCAGGUGUGAUGCUGGGCGGGGCUGUGGGGUCUAGUGGUUACAGCAAGCGCCUGGGCAUCAGGG